AUGGAUGAAGGUCAUUUUUUGGCACCUCUGAUACAGGAAGAUGAAAAUGAUGAACACUAUCAUCCUUACAAACCCAAAAGAGAACGAAAACAAAAGAAACGUGCUGACGGAGAAAUAGAUAGUAGUUUACUAGAACCUGAAACUGAAGUACAGGAAGAUGAAUAUGAAGAUAAAGAUGAUGCUGAUUAUAAUCCUGAUGAUGAUUUAGAGUAUGUUGACAUUGCAAAUUGUAUGCAGACUGAAUUCAGUGAAUAUCCUGCAGACAAUUCAGCCAGUACAAAAAAUGACCAGUCAAUGGACAAAAAUAUUGAUAAUAAUGGCAUAUCAGAUUGUGUAAAUAAAGUUGUUGCUGAAGUUAUACCUAAGGUAACCGAAUGCAUCAAGAAUGCAACUAAAGAAGUCAUGGAAGUUACUAAAGAUGUUGAACAAUUGAAAGAUAAUCAGGAUAAAGUAAUUCAAAAUGUUGAAAAUAUUUCUUCUAAAAGCAUAAAACAUGCAAUUGCAGUUACUGAAUCUAUUCCUCCUAUCGAUAAUACAGUUGUUGACAUUCAAUCUGAAGAUGAUGGCAAUACCAUUACUACAAAUUCCCAAUCCCCAACUUCACAGGACUAUAAUAUAAGUAGAACUAGUGAAAACGUUCAUAAGAGCCCCAUACAAGUUAAUGGUACCAUAACUCAUCUAGAGGAUCAGGAAAUUCAGUUGGUACAUAAACAAGAGAUAGAAGAAAUUGAUGAUGAUGUCUUGGUUAUUGAAGAUCAGAAAUGUGACGUUAUCAUUUUAGAUGACUGA